AUGGCAGAGAACGCGCCCGCCAGGACUCCGGAGGAGAUCGCCAAGGAGUACGACCUGCUGCCAAAACUUGUCACCCACUUGGACCGCCACUUGAUCUUUCCCUUGCUACAAUUUCUCGAAGGUCAGGAUGAGGAGGAGCCCAGCGAGGAUGUCACCAGGACAAAAUAUGAGCUGCUGAAGAAGACGAAUAUGACGGACUACGUCGCUUCGUUGUACUGCGAGCUGGAGGGUUUGGACGAUGCCCCGGCGGAGUUCGCGACCAAGAGACAGGAGGUUCUGGAUCGGCUGGACAAAUACUCAGAAGAGAGUGAGAAGAUCACGGAUCUUCUUAGCCGAGAGGACGUUGUUACUGGACUGAGAAGUGACAAGGUCGCAAACUUGGAGUUCUUGAAGAAGGAUCACGAUGUUACCCUCGACAUGAUCAAUGUCCUGUACGACUUUGGUAACUUCCAAUACAGCUGCGGAAAUUAUCAGGCAGCCGCUGAACUCCUCUACCAAUUCCGAAUUCUUUCCACUGAUAACGACAAAGUUGCUGCCGCUACAUGGGGAAAGCUCGCAUCAGAGAUCUUGACCACAAACUGGGAGGUUGCUAUGGAGGAAGUGCAGAAGGUCAAGGAAUCGAUCGAUACCAAGCUCUUCAGCAACCCACUCGCACAACUCACUCACCGAACAUGGCUCAUCCACUGGGCUCUCUUCCCCUUCUUCAACUACGAGGCCGGCCGCGAUACUAUCUGCGAACUCUUCUUCUCCGCACCAUUCAUCAACACCAUCCAAACCGCCUGCCCAUGGAUCCUCAGAUAUCUCACAGCUGCCGUCAUCACCAACAGAAACCGCACAAGAAACACCGGACAAUACCAGAAGCAGCUCAAGGAUAUCAUCCGCAUCGUCAAGCAAGAAAACUACGAGUACCAGGAUCCUGUCACCGACUUCAUCAAGGCGCUCUACAUCGACUUCGAUUUCGAGGAGGCCCAAAAGAAGCUCUCUGAGGCUGAGGAAGUGCUCCGCUCCGACUUCUUCCUCGUUUCUGCCGCAGACAACUUCGUUGAGGCUGCCAGACAUUUGAUCUCCGAGAGUUACUGCAAGAUUCACCAGAGAAUCGAUAUCAAGGACUUGAGUGCGAGAUUGGGCUUGAACCAGGAUGAGGGCGAGAAGUGGAUCGUCAACUUGAUCAGAGAUACCAGAGUCGAUGCUAAGAUCGACUACAAGGAGGGUACAGUUGUCAUGAACCACCCACCUAGCAGCGUGUAUCAACAGGUCAUUGAGCGAACAAAGGGCGGUUUUUUCAGAACACAGGUUCUGAGCGCUGCGGUUGCGAAGUGA